AUGCACUUCCACGCCCUCACCUUAGCCGCCUUGGCCGGCCUCGGCGCCGCCUCCGCCUCGAACAAGACCAUCCCCGAGAUGUUCGCCUCAUUUCCCAACUGCGGGAUACUCGCCUACGCCGACGCCUGCAAGGAUGUCAAUUGCGACCCCACCAAGCUUUCCUGCGUGUGCCCGAACCCGGCCUCGCUGACCGUCAAGAUGGGCAUCCGUGUCGGCAAGGACUGCGACAAGGAGCAAACUGCUAUCGAUGAAGACUUUGAUUCUGGCAUGAAGCUGGCCGAGAUCUGCGAGAGAUUCGACCACGCGAGUCCUCCGGCCAGCGAGAUGUCGGCCGCUUCGUCGGUCAUCGCUUCUAGGGUGUCCUCCGUCAAGUCAUCGGCCAGCGUCGCCCAGACGGCCAAGGCCACCAACGCAGCACCUGUAGUGACGCAGAUGCCUCUUGCCGUUGUUGGCGCCGCUGCUAUGGCCGCCCUGGCUCUCUAA